CCUGGGCGAGCAGUACUACAGGGACGCCAUGGAGCAGUGCCACAACUACAACGCCCGGCUCUGCGCCGAGAGGAGCGUGCGCCUCCCCUUCCUCGACUCCCAGACCGGGGUCGCCCAGAGCAACUGCUACAUCUGGAUGGAGAAACGGCACCGAGGGCCAGGGCUAGCGGCCGGGCAGCUUUAUUCGUACCCCGCGCGGCGCUGGAGGAAGAAACGCCGCGCUCAUCCUCCGGAGGACCCCAGGCUUUCCUUCCCGUCCAUCAAACCUGACGCGGAUCAGAGCCUGAAGAAGGAGGGCUUGAUCUCGCAGGACGGCAGCAGCCUCGAGGCCCUUUUGAGGACGGACCCGCUGGAAAAACGCGCCCUCCCGGAUCCCCGCAUUGACGACGACAGCCUGGGAGAGUUCCCUGUCACCAACAGCCGCGCCAGGAAG